GUUCAUUGAAUUAAAAAGAAAAAGAAAUACAAAUCAAAACUCUCUCCGCCGCCUGAAGCUUUCAUCAGCAUCAUCAUAAACUCACUGAUUUUGCAUUUCUAGAAAUACAAUCACUGCAAGCCCUUUAGGGAAUGCAGAGAGAUGAGAGGACCUUCGCUGAGAAAGCCUGAGUUCUGUGCGCGUGCCAAACGGUGCAUUGGCGGCCGGAAUUGCCACCGGAAACACGUUGAAGACGGGUGAUCCAUUACAACAUCAGCACACACCCUCCGUGUUCUCUUUUAGUUGUCUUUCUGUUAUUAUCAGCACUGUUCUGUACUCUUUCAUAUUCAGUCAUAUAAUUUCUGUAAAAUCUAUUUGUUAACAUGGCAUCCGCGGACAACUCCAGUCCGACUUUGCUCCACGGAAAAUACGAGCUCGGCCGGUUGUUAGGCCAUGGAACUUUCGCCAAAGUCUAUCUCGCCCGCCACCUACAAACCGGAAAGAGCGUGGCCAUGAAAGUCGUGGGCAAAGAAAAGGUUAUCAAAGUAGGCAUGAUGGAGCAAGUCAAGCGAGAGAUCUCAGUAAUGAAGAUGGUGGAACACGAAAACAUCGUCGAGCUCCACGAGGUUAUGGCGAGCAAAUCCAAGAUUUAUUUCGCCAUGGAGCUGGUUCGAGGUGGCGAGCUCUUCAACAAAAUCGCCAGAGGUCGGUUAAAGGAAGAUUUAGCUAGAGUUUAUUUCCAACAGUUGAUCUCAGCCAUCGAUUUCUGCCAUAGCCGCGGGGUUUAUCACCGAGAUUUGAAGCCUGAAAAUCUUUUACUAGACGAAGAUGGCAACCUGAAAGUAACAGAUUUCGGGCUCAGUGCUUUCUCGGAACAUCUGAAACAGGAUGGCUUAUUGCACACAACUUGCGGCACACCUGCUUAUGUGGCGCCGGAAGUCAUCGGGAAAAAAGGAUACGACGGAGCUAAGGCGGAUAUUUGGUCUUGUGGGGUUAUUCUAUAUGUUCUUCUUGCAGGUUUUUUGCCAUUCCAGGACGAUAAUAUUGUGGCCAUGUAUCGGAAAAUCUAUAGAGGAGACUUCAAGUGUCCGCCCUGGUUUUCUUCAGAAGCGAGAAGAUUGAUCACAAAGCUUCUUGAUCCGAAUCCGAAUACAAGAAUUUCCAUCUCAAAAAUCAUGGAUUCAUCCUGGUUCAAGAAGCCGGUCCCCAAGAACAUCAAAUCCAACAAACAUGAGUAUGAUUUUGAAGCUGAUGAGGUAAACUAUGGCGACAAAUCAAAGCAGCCCGAAACGUUAAACGCUUUUCAUAUAAUUUCUUUGUCGGAGGGGUUUGAUUUGUCGCCGUUGUUUGAGGAGAAAAAGAGGGAGGACAAAGAAGAGUUGAGAUUUGCCACAACAAGGCCGGCAAGUAGUGUGAUUUCGAGGCUGGAAGAAGUGGCCAAAAAUAUGAAAUUUAAUGUGAAAAAGAGUGAUUCAAGAGUGAGAUUACAAGGCCAAGAGUGUGGAAGAAAAGGGAAACUAGCUAUCAAUGCUGACAUAUUCGCCUUAACCCCGUCGUUUUUGGUGGUGGAAGUAAAGAAAGACAAUGGUGACACCUUGGAAUACAACCAGUUCUGCAGCAAGGAGCUCCGGCCGGCACUUAAAGACAUUGUUUGGAUGUCAACCGAAAAGAACUCUACACUCGCUUGAAGAAGAAGAAGAAGAAGAAGAAAGGGGUUCAUUGCAACAUCAGAGAUUGUUAACGAUUGUGUUUAAUUAAAUCAUUAUUAUUAUCAUUGUAUAUUGUUUGUUUUAAUUUGAAAAAAAAAAAAAAAAAAAGUUGGAAGAGAAAAGCAAAGGCCAUAUGAGGGUUCUUUCUUUCAUCAGAUGAUGUUGUUACUGUUAUUGUCAUUAUCUUUUUGUUGUUGUGUUUGUUGUGGGUUGUGAAGAAAAAUUAUUGUUCUGAAUU